AAGGGACCAUGUUUAGCUUCGUCGUCUCUUCUUCUCUUGGUUAGUAUAAUUAGUUUGGUCGUCCAUGUCCUUCACAAACAUUCCUAACUGAAAGAAAACUACACCAAACCAACCAUAUUCCCCCCUUCAUUAAUUCAUGUCAUACAAUUACAUUCUAUAGAGAGAGAGAGAGAGAGAAAGAGAGAGAGAUGGGCAACUGUCAGGCCGUGGACGCCGCCGCGCUGGUGAUACAGCACCCAUGCGGCAAGCUGGAGAGGAUGUAUUGGCCCAUCUCCGCUACCCACGUCAUGAAAACCAACCCCGGCCACUACGUCUCUCUCAUCAUCCCCCUCACUCUCCCCGAUCACCACAACCAGACCGUCCGCUUCACCCGCGUCAAGCUUCUCCGCCCCACCGACACGCUCGUUCUUGGCCACGCCUAUCGCCUCCUCACCACUCAAGAGGUGAUGAAAGUGGUGAGAGCCAAGAAGCAUGCAAAGAUGAAGAGGAGCGAGCCUGAGCCCGAGCCAGGACUGCCUGCUUCGGAGACCGACCAUCAUGAGGGUGAUGCGAGGCUCCGGCACCGGGAAGGCGGAGGAAGGUCGAGAUCGUGGCGGCCGUCUUUACAGAGCAUAUCCGAGGCUGCAACCUGAUCAAUAGUCGUAUAGCUAUUAGAUUACAUAAUCAACAAUUUAUUCCUUCCUUUCGACCGGAGUUCUAAAUUGUCCCCAACUCCACGUUAGUAUAUAUAUAUGUCACUCUCAUGGUAUAGAUUAAAUCUGUGAAGGUUGGUCGAUGCACCCGAACUCCACUUUAGUAUAGUAUCAUCCGAUUUGGGCAAAACCCUCUCACGGUUUUAUGGUUAGGACUCCUCAAAAGUCUCAUACUAAUGAGGUUCGGAUAACUCAUAUUACUUGCAAUUUUAAUUACUUAUUUCCCGAUUUCAAA